AUGCGGCACCGAGAGCGCGGACGAGCCGCGCGCCCUCACCCCGAGUUCGUGCCCGUUGACAUAGCAGCAGUACUCCCCGCGGGGGGCAGAGAGAACUCCUCCGUACCCGAGGGCAGUAAUAUCGGAGUUGCUAGCGGGGGGGGGGGCUGGGAGAAGGGAGCGAGGCCCGAUGUAUCGCUGCCGUCGCCGACUGCGAGCGGCAGGCUUUGGAUUAACGUGGUGGAUGGCAUGGUGUGGCCGAGCGCGCCCGCCCCGUGUUCGGAGGUUAGGGGGGGGAUGCUGUGCGACGAGCCUGGGCUGGGCAAGACCAUCACGGUGCUGGCGCUGCUCCUACGGACGAGAGGCCUGCUGCCAGGUGCGGUCCCACUCCCUCUUGGCGUUUCCUCGAGCACGAGAUCGGGCGGCGUUAGCGCCGAGGAGCAGUGGCGAAAUUGGGGCAGCUUGGAGCGACAGGGGGCCAUGAUGAAGGUGGUUCGGGCCUUGCAGAUCAGCGACCGCGCGGGAAUGUUCAGCCGUGUGCUGGACGAGGAGACUCUUGAGGAACUAGGCAUGCCGGACUACGUCGCCGUGGUCGGUGAGCCGAUCGACCUCCAGACCAUCGCAAGGCGAGCGUGCUCGCGGGGGCCCCGUGACUCCGUACCCUCGUACGACACCUUCCGAGACUUCGCGUCCGAUGUCCGGAAAGUGUUCUCAAAUGCGAUCGCCUACCACAGCGGCGGCGCCGGCGGCGCCGGCGCGGCCGUUUCGGAGCGCUCUAGCGGAGGCGGUGGCGGUGAGGGCGGGGACACUUCUGUGCGGCAGGCGCAGCCGCCCGCCGGGAGGGACCGAGCGAUGCCGAAGGUGGCCGAGGCGGCGGAGGAACUUUCCAGAGAAGCGGAGGAUCUUUUGAAGGGCGUCUUUGUGGCCCGCAGAAUCGACCGAGCCGAAUCCUUGUUGGAGAGGCUUUGUGCGCUCAAGGCUUCGUCGGCGACGCUGAUCGUGGUUCCGCCGCCUAUGCUGCCUCAUUGGAGGAAUCAGCUCACCCUGCACGCUGAGCACGGGAGACUAGGCUCAGUUUUUUUCGACGAGCGCUCGGACACUCGCCUCCCCCCCGUUGACGAACUGAAGGACUUCGGAGUGGUGGUGACGACGUACCAGCGGCUGACCAACGAGCAGCCCGGGUGGUCUGACUCUCCGCUCUCGCGCAUACACUGGCUCAGGAUGGUGCUGGAUGAGGGCCACGCUAUGGGGACAUCGGCGAUGACGAGCUGCGGGGAUGUGGCUCGGCGGAUAGAGGCAGAGCGAAGAUGGGUCAUGACUGGUACUCCUACCCCAACCACGUCCGCCGACGCUGCUUUGAGAAACCUGAGUAACCUGCUCAAUCUUCUGAGGGAGAAGGAGUACAGCCCGGAAUGGCGAAGGAACGUCCGCGGCCCCUUUAUCGCCAACAAGCCGGAGGGUCGCGAGCGGCUAAGAAGGCUGCUGUCGGAGGUGAUGAUUCGACACACGAAAGCCGAUCUUCUCAGCAUUCCCCCGCCAGUGCGAGAAAGCGCGUUGCUCAACAUGUCUCAGCAGGAGACGCUGGCCUACGACACCAUCGUGUCCUUUGUCAGGUCCAACUUGCUGCUGACCUCCAUGGAGGGAAAGACUUCUGGGUGGCAGGACUCGCUUCUCAAUCCCGCCAACACCAAGUAUGCGAUGGAGGCCCUGACCAACAUCCGGCUGUCGUGCUGCGGAGGAGGAACUCUCAUCCCCAUGGUGAAAGGCAUACACCAGGUGGAGACCCUGCACAUGCUGAGGGACCUGCACGAUGCCAGUGCGGUGGAUCUACGUCGCAUUGACAAUUUCAUCACCAGGGCUACCAUGGGAGAGGUUUCUAGUUGCCAGGGGUGCGGCGAGCCCUUGCAGCUGCUGCACAUUACACCCUGCACUCACCUGAUCUGCGUGGACUGCGUGGAUUGCGUGAACAACACCUGCAGGGUCUGUGGAAGCCGCUACGACAUAGACGAUUUCCAGGUCAGAACGAUCGAUGAAUGCAACGCGUAAGCGACGUGCGCGGGGGAGGUGUGGAACGAGAUAUGAAUGUAAAGCGAAAAGCCAUGUGUAUAGGAAGGUGUGGAGCGAGAGACGAAAGCAAAACGUACGCCGGUUGUGUGGGAAAGUGCGAAACGAGCGAUGAAUGUAAAGCGUAAGCCGGAUUUUUUUUUUUUUUGUCUUCACUUCAAAUCAGCGCUCACAGCACUAGUGCCGUUUACUCCAACCCGUGGUCACACAGAAGAGCCCCUCUCUA